AUGCAGUAUUAUUUAUCUAUGUCUCCACUGUUUAUAUUUUAUCUAUCUAUCUAUCUAUCUAUCUAUCUAUCUAUCUAUCCUAAUCUCUUCAUUAUCUAUCUAAAUCACUAUCUAUCUAUCUAUGUAAAUCUGUUCUUAUCUCUAAAUCUUUUCAUAGCUAUCUAUCUAUCUAUCUAUCUAUCUAUCUAUCUAUGUAAAUCUGUUCUUAUCUCUAAAUAUUUUCAUAGCUAUCUAUCUAUCUCUAUAUCUAUCUAUCUAUCUAUCUAUCUAUGUAAAUCUGUUCUUAUCUCUAAAUCUUUUCAUAGCUAUCUAUCUAUCUAUCUAUCUAUCUAUGUAAAUCUGUUUUUAUCUCUAAAUCUUUUCAUAUCUAUCUAUCUAUCUAUCUAUCUAUCUAUCUAUCUAUCUAUCUAUCUAUCUAUCUAUCUAUCUAUCUAUCUAUCUAUCUAUAUAAAUCUGUUCUUAUCUCUAAAUCUUUUCAUAUCUAUCUAUCUAUCUAUCUAUCUAUCUAUCUAUCUAUCUAUCCUAAUCUCUUCAUUAUAUCUAAAUCAUUUCUUAUCUAAAAAUGUUCUUUUUCAAAUCUUUCUAUCUAUCUAUCUAUCUAUCUAUCUUCUCAUUAUCUAUCUAUCUAUCAUAGUCUCAUUACCUAUCUAUCAUAGUCUCAUUAUCUAUCUAUCUAUCUAUCUAUCUAUCUAUCUAUCUAUCUAUCUAUCUCUUGGCUCUUGA